UUAAUUUCUUCAUCCUGGUUGAUUCGAAGGUGAAAAAAAAAUGAAGUUUAGGGCUUCUCAGGGGCUUGUUCCUCUCCUAGCCUUCAAGCGCACUAAUUUCACCCAUCACCAUCACCAACUGCAACGACUCUGUUUCAGUUCAUUGCUCAAUAAGGCCAAAGUAUUCCAACCUCGAGCUUCCAGUAAUGGCGGAAGUAGAGGCAGCAGCAGUUCAAAAGAUAAUUAUUUUCUGGUUCCGGGAGCUACAGUAGCCACCAUUAUUAUGCUUGGUGCUCUUCAUGCACGUCGACUCUAUGAUGACAAGAAGCUCGAAGAAGCAAGAGAGAAAGGGAUUCAAAUCGAGUUUCGACCUGAUGUGAAAGCUACUUUCUUCAGAUUUCUACCUCUCCGGUCCAUUUCCAGAGCCUGGGGUUUCCUGUCUGGAAUAGAACUUCCCAUUUGGUCCCGUCCAUAUGUAUAUAAAGCUUGGGCUAGGGCAUUUCAUUCGAACUUAGAUGAAGCAGCACUACCUUUGGAUGAAUAUAAGUCUUUGCGGGAUUUCUUUGUUCGAUCUUUAAAAGAAGGUUCCAGGCCUAUGGAUGGUGAUCCAUGUUGUCUGGUUAGCCCUGUGGAUGGUACUAUUCUGCGAUUCGGAGAGCUUAAAGAAGCUGGCUCCAUGAUUGAGCAAGUCAAAGGAUUUUCGUAUUCUGUACAUUCACUCCUUGGUUCAAACCCAUCAUUCAAUAUGAUAGCUGAGGAUAUGUCUGAAGAGACUACCAGUCAGGGAAGCAUUCAAAAAGAAGAGAAUAGGAAGUCAUGGUGGAGAAUUGGUUUUGCUUCUCCAAAAAUCAAAGACCCCAGAUUAGAAUGUCCACCGAGAGGUGUUUUCUACUGCGUAAUCUAUUUGAGACCUGGAGAUUAUCAUCGGAUACACUCUCCUGUUGACUGGAAUAUUCAUCUCCGAAGACAUUUUCCAGGUAACCUUUUUCCAGUGAACGAACGUGCUACAAGAACUAUCAGAAACCUUUACACUGAGAAUGAGAGGGUUGUGCUCGAAGGGAAGUGGCAAGAGGGGUUUAUGGCAAUGGCAGCAGUUGGAGCAACAAAUAUUGGUUCUAUUGAGCUUUAUAUAGAACCAACCCUUCAAACAAAUCAGCCACGAAAGAAGUUAUUGCACAGGGAGCCUCCCGAGGAACGAGUUUACGAGCCUGCUGGCAUCAGGCUCAGAAAAGGAGAAGAGGUAGCUGCAUUCAACAUGGGUUCAACUGUAGUACUCGUGUUCCAGGCUCCCAUAUCAAAAUCACUGGACAUGGAUGAGAAAGAUUCUUUAUCUGCAUUCAAAUUCACAGUUAAUAAGGGGAAUAGAAUACGGGCAGGAGAAGCACUGGGAAGGUGGCAAAAUUGAACUACUGAAUGUUUUUUUCCCCUCAUUUGGCAUUACUUGAUUAUGCAAAACUUUAUUGAGAAAAAUGUAUGGUGUUCUAUAUAUCAAACUGCCAAUGUCAAUGAUUAUUCAUGACUAUUAUCUUAUUUGGGUAUUUGUCUA